CAUAAAUCAGGGCGGGCAGAGCCCCCGCCCCGCCGCCGCCGGGGGGGACCGGGCAGGGGGGGGGCAGAGCCCCGAGCCCCCAGCCCUGCGGAGCGGCCGGCAGCGGGGGGGCCGAGCCCCGAGCCCCCCGAGCCCCCGCCGCAGCCCCCACCCCGCCACCAUGCAUUCGCUGGAGGAGCCGCUGGACCUCAAGCUGAGCAUCUCCAAGCUGCGAGCCGCCCGGGAGAAGCGGGGGAUCCCUGGUCCCCGACCCCGAGCGCCCCAGCGCCCCGACGCCCCGCCGGCCGGGGAUGGCCGAGGGGGCAGCCGGGGGGGUCGCCGUGCUGUGCCGUCUCCCAGCCUCCUGACACACUCCAGGCUGGUGGAACCACGGGAUGGACGCUUCCCGGCCAUGCCGGUGGUGGAUCUCAGCCUCUCGCCCCGCUCCGGUGGGGAGUCUCCGGCCGGCAGCACCUCGCUGUCCCCCGAGCGCCAGGGCAGUGGGGACCUGCCUGGACCCCUCACCCCCCACGAUUUCCAAUCCCUGCGCUACAUCGAUGGCCUCCCCAGCUCCUUCCAGUUCUUCCUGCCGCUGGGGGCCGGGGGGGGCCUGCACCUGCCCCCCGCUGCCUUCCUGCCCCCCAGCAAGGAGAAGCGCCUGCCCCCCGAGCUGCCCCUGACCAAGCAACUCGUCUGCCGCUGGUCCAAGUGCAACCAGUUCUUUGACCUCCUACAAGACCUGGUGGACCACGUCAACGACUUCCACAUCAAACCUGAGAAGGACGCGGGGUACUGCUGCCACUGGGAGGGCUGCGCCCGCCACGGCAGGGGCUUCAAUGCCAGGUACAAGAUGUUGAUCCACAUCCGAACGCACACCAACGAGAAGCCGCAUCGCUGCCCCACCUGCAACAAGAGCUUCUCCCGCUUGGAGAACCUGAAAAUCCACAACCGCUCGCACACAGGCGAGAAGCCCUACAUCUGCCCCUACGAAGGCUGCAACAAGCGUUACUCCAACUCCAGCGACCGCUUCAAGCACACCCGCACCCACUACGUGGAGAAGCCCUACUCCUGCAAGAUGCCGGGCUGCCACAAGCGCUACACCGACCCCAGCUCCCUCCGCAAGCACAUCAAAGCCCAUGGCCAUUUCGUCUCUCCCGACCACCCGGAGAUGCUCAAGGUCCACCCGCCUCCCAAAACCCCCCUGGCUUCGGCGGAGGUGCCCUAUGUUAACGGGGCGCAGCUCGUGAUCCCCAACCCUGCCGCCCUCUUCGCUCCCCCGGGGUUGCCGGCAUUGCCAAUCCCUUUGGCGCCGGCACCGCUCGACCUCAGCGCCUUGGGCUGUGGGGCUGCCAGCGCCCUGCCCGCCCUGCCGGGCCCCAUCCUGCCCCUCAACGGUGGCCCCUUGAACUUGGCCAAGAGCCCGCUGCUGCCCUCGCCCUUCACUGCGGGGCUGGGGCUGCCGGUCAUGUCGCUGCUGGCCGGCGGGGCCAAGGCCGAGGGGCAGAAGGGCAGCGGGGCCGAAGGGUGGCCACCCAAGGUGGGCAAAGGGCCUGAGAGCCGGAAAGAGAGGGGUGAAAGGACUGAGCCGGGGCGGGCGCGGGCACCCCCGGAGAGCCUGGCGCUGCUGCCAGGGGCUGUGCUCGACCUCUCGGCCGGUGUCAGCUCGGGGGGCAGUCCUGAGGCGCUGCCACCAGGCUGGGUGCUCAUCCCCCCCGGCUCCCUGCUGCUCAAACCCGCUGCCGUCAACUGAGGGGCCCGACGA